AUGCUGGGCUCAUUGCCGAUACUGCCUCUCCCAGCACCACCCUCUGAUGGGAAUCUUGGCCCAACACCCCCGGCUCAGGUAAUAGAGGAAUCUAAAGAUGAAGAGAUGAAUGGGGACAAGACCGAUGAUAAUGAUGUAUCCAACUCUCUUCCAACAACAGUUAAAACCCACACUAAGACUAUUGGAAUCAUAUAUCCACCCCCUGAUAUCAGAAACAUUGUAGAUAAAACCACACAAUUUGUGGUGAAGAAUGGGCCUGAGUUUGAGAAAAGAAUCAUUGCCAACAAUGAAGGCAAUGCUAAAUUCAACUUCUUACAUGCCUCUGAUCCUUACCAUGCUUACUAUCAGCAUCGGUUAUCUGAAGCUCGGGCACAAAAUCAAACUUCUACCCAGCAGCAGCCAUCGGAGCUUGCUGAUUUGUCAGCUCCUGAGUCUGCUGCUACUGCUCCGGCUGCUGAUGUCAGUGAUGCCUCUGCAAAGCUUGAUCCGUCGGCUCAGUUUAGGCCUGUCCGAAAGGUUCUCGAGCCACCAGAAGCGGAGCAGUACACUGUUCGACUUCCUGAAGGGAUUACAGGGGAGGAACUGGAUAUAAUUAAGCUCACUGCUCAGUUUGUGGCUCGGAACGGGAAGUCUUUUUUGACAGGUUUGACAAGCAGGGAGAUCAACAAUCCUCAGUUCCAUUUUCUGAAGCCAACCCACAGUAUGUUCAUGUUCUUCACAUCACUUGCUGAUGCGUAUUCCAAAGUAUUGAUGCCUCCCAAAGGAUAUACUGACAAGCUGAGAAAUAGUGUUGCUGAUAUGACGACCGUCCUGGAACGCUGCUUGCAUAGGCUUGAAUGGGAACGGUCACAAGAGCAGGCGAGGCAGAAAGCUGAAGACGAGAUUGAGCAGGAGCGGCUGCAGAUGGCGAUGAUUGAUUGGCAUGAUUUUGUCGUUGUUGAGACUAUAGACUUUGCAGAUGACGAGGAUGAGGAUUUACCCCCUCCAAUGACACUCGAGGAAGUUAUAAGGAGGAGCAAGAUAUCGACUAUGGAAGAAGAAGAGAUUGUUGAGCCUGGAAAGGAAGUAGAAAUGGAGAUGGAUGAAGAAGAGGUCCAGCUCGUUGAGGAGGGUAUGAGGGCUGCUAGUCUUGAAGAGAAUGGUGACAUGAAUAACAAUGGAGCCAAACUAACUCCCGAAGAACAGGAACCACCUAUGAGAAUUGUGAAAAAUUGGAAGAGGCCUGAAGAGAGAAUCCCUGCAGAAAGAGACCCAACUAAAUAUGGAGUCUCUCCGAUAACCGGUGAGCUGAUUCCCAUCAAUGAGAUGUCUGAACAUAUGAGGAUCUCUCUUAUUGAUCCUAAGUACAAGGAGCAGAAAGAAAGAAUGUUUGCCAAGAUUAGAGAGACUACUCUUGCAGCUGAUGAUGAAAUUUCCAGAAACAUCGUGGGACUUGCACGAACACGUCCUGAUAUUUUUGGUACUACGGAAGAAGAAGUUUCUAAUGCUGUGAAGGCGGAGAUUGAGAAGAAGAAAGACGAACAACCAAAGCAGGUCAUAUGGGAUGGUCAUACAGGAAGCAUUGGUCGCACAGCAAGCCAGGCCAUGUCUCAGAAUACCGCUGGGGAUGACCAAAAUGAUCCUGCAAAUAACGAUGCGAGAAACCUUCCUGGUCCAGCACCUCCACCUCCUAGACCUGGUAUGCCAACAAUUAGGCCUCUUCCUCCGCCUCCUGGGCUUGUUUUAAAUAUUCCUAGGCCUCCAAGUACUGUCCAGUAUCCGACCACUUCAAAUGCUGGGGUAAUUGCACCGCCACCUCCAAGGCUGCCAGUUGUCAACAUGAUUCCUUCUGUCCGGCCUCCACCUCCUCCAAUGUCAAUGAUGCACGGCCAACCUCUAAUGGUAAAUCGACCGCCAAUGCCUCCGUCGAUGCCCCUAAAUUCGCCUGGUGUCCCUGUUCCACCACCACCUGGAUCUCAGUUUACGCCUCUGGGAGGUCUCAGACCUUUUGUUCCCCAUCCCAUGUCCCAACCUGGCAUGCACAUGGUUCCACCGCCACCUAUGCCGCAAGGAAUGCCUCCACCACCUCCCCCUGAGGAGGCUCCUCCACCGCUUCCAGAAGAACCAGAGCCCAAGAGGCAAAAGCUUGAUGACUCUAUGCUCCUCCCCGAAGAACAGUUCCUGGCCCAGCAUGCGGGUCCUUCUUGCAUCAAUAUAUCUGUGCCGAAUGUUGAUGAAGGGAAUCUCAAAGGACAAGUGUUGGGGAUUACUGUAGGAUCCCUAUCUGAAACAGUUGGCAGUCUGAAAGAGAAAAUUGCUGGUGAGAUCCAGCUUCCUGCAAACAAACAGAAGCUGAGUGGAAAGGCUGGUUUUCUGAAGGACAACUUAUCACUUGCGUAUUACAAUGUUGCCCCAGGAGACUCCCUGUCCCUUUCUCUCAGGGAACGUGGUGAUCCAGCAUCUUGGCGAUCAUCUCUUGAGGUUGCUCCUUCGCUAACUUGUGCUAGUAGUAGUUGUGACCUCUGUUAUUCACGUCUUGUUAUUGAGUGGGACUAUUGUUUUAUAGAUGUUAUACCCCAGAUUCUGACCUCUUUUUUCGCACUCGAUGAUGAUGUCGUUGCAGCAAAACGUCAUGGGGAACAAGCAGUUCACAGAACUGUGCAUGAUUUGAAUACAGAAAAAUCUGGAAAUACUUUGUUACCCCUUUCCCCCUUCCCAUUUCAGAAAUGUCAUCAGCUUGGAAUAAAGUGUAAAUUACGCUAA